CGACAUACUGCCAUGACUCCUCUCACAGAGAUCUCAUUAUAGGUGCACUGUGAGAACCUGCACGGCUGAACUUCUUCUGAAAAAAGGGACAAUCACACCAACACGAUGCGCGAGUGUAUUUCUAUCCACGUUGGCCAGGCUGGUGUCCAGAUGGGCAACACCUGCUGGGAGCUGUACUGCCUGGAGCACGGCAUCCAGCCUGAUGGACACAUGCCCAGUGACAAGCCCGCCGGAGGCUACGACGACUCCUUCACCACCUUCUUCAGUGAGACCGGCACUGGAAAGUAUGUCCCAAGAGCCAUCUUUGUGGACCUGGAACCUACUGUUAUCGAUGAGGUUCGUACAGGCACAUACCGCCAGCUUUUCCACCCGGAGCAGCUGAUCUCAGGAAAAGAGGAUGCGGCCAACAACUACGCCCGUGGUCACUACACCGUCGGAAAAGAGCACAUAGACUCCGUACUCGACAGGAUCCGAAAAUUGUCUGACCAGUGCACCGGUCUUCAGGGUUUCCUGGUCUUCCAUUCCUUCGGAGGAGGAACAGGCUCCGGCUUCACUUCUCUGCUGAUGGAGCGACUCUCAGUCGACUUUGGCAAGAAGUCCAAACUGGAGUUUGCCAUCUACCCGGCUCCUCAGGUGUCCACAGCGGUGGUGGAGCCCUACAACUCCAUCCUGACCACCCACACCACCCUGGAGCACUCUGACUGCGCCUUCAUGGUGGACAAUGAGGCCAUCUAUGACAUCUGCCGCAGGAACCUGGACAUCGAGCGCCCAUCUUACACCAACCUGAACCGCCUCAUCAGCCAGAUCGUGUCCUCCAUCACUGCCUCUCUGCGCUUUGAUGGUGCCUUGAAUGUGGACCUGACAGAGUUCCAGACCAACCUGGUGCCUUAUCCUCGUAUCCACUUCCCUCUAGCUACCUACGCUCCUGUUAUCUCAGCAGAGAAGGCCUACCACGAGCAGCUCACUGUGGCCGAAAUUACCAACUCCUGCUUUGAGCCUGCCAACCAGAUGGUCAAGUGUGACCCUCGUCAUGGCAAAUACAUGGCCUGCUGCCUCCUGUACCGUGGCGACGUGGUGCCCAAAGACGUCAACGUGGCCAUCAGCAACAUCAAAACCAAACGCACCAUCCAGUUUGUGGACUGGUGUCCCACUGGCUUCAAGGUGGGCAUCAACUACCAGCCUCCUACUGUGGUUCCAGGAGGAGACCUGGCCAAGGUCCAGAGGGCCGUGUGCAUGCUGAGCAACACCACAGCCAUCGCAGAGGCCUGGGCUCGCCUGGACCACAAGUUUGACCUGAUGUAUGCCAAGAGAGCCUUCGUCCACUGGUACGUUGGAGAGGGGAUGGAAGAAGGCGAGUUCUCUGAGGCUAGAGAGGACAUGGCUGCCCUGGAGAAGGAUUACGAAGAGGUUGGCGUCGACUCAUUUGAGGGGGAUGAAGAGGGCGAAGAAGAAUAUUAAAACCAGAAUAUGGUUGUCCUGUGUCAACUAACAGAAAUGCUCUGGAUUGUCACCGAGAUUAAAUGAAGCAGGUCAAGUGUUUACGACUGGUGUGUAAACCACUAAUAAAAACUAAGCAGCUUUUUGUCCACA